GGAGAUUCUGACGGUCUGGGUCGCACAGAUAUAAAAUAGCGCCCAUCAUGUCUAAUACUCACGAGAAGGCAGGAUUCCACUGUCAAAUCACCCAAGAUGACUGUUCAAACCGCCCAAGAACGCUUCAUCGCCAGCGUCCAGGAAGCCCUGCGCAACUAUGACACCCAACUACAGAAGAUCAACCAGAAGAUCUGGUCCAACCCCGAACUAGCGUACGAGGAACAUCAAGCCCACGACGCCAUCUGCGCCCUCUUCGACACCCUCACCACCACCACAGACUUGACCUUCACCAUCCAGCGCUCCGCCUACGACAUCCCCACCGCCCUCGAGGUCACCUACACACACGGCGACCCGUCGCGCGGACGCGUCGUCGCCUUCAACGCCGAAUACGACGCCCUGCCCGGCAUCGGCCACGCGUGCGGCCACAACCUGAUCGCGACGAGCUCCAUCGCCGCCUUCCUCGCCACCUGCCACGCCAUGCGGUCUGAAGCCCCCACCACCGCCGCUGCCGCCAACUUCACGGUGAAACUGCUCGGCACGCCGGCCGAGGAAUCCGGGGGCGGCAAGAUCCAGCUCCUGGAGCGGGGCGCGUACACGGGGGUGCACGCGUGCCUGAUGGUGCACCCGGUGCCGAUGGCGCCGCAGAACCCGCGGCUGCUGACGCUGGCCACCGUGCUGCCGGGCGGGUACCUGGCCAACGACAAGCUGCGGGUGACGUUCACGGGGCGGCCGGCGCACGCGGCGGCGGCGCCGUGGGAGGGGGUCAACGCGCUGGACGCGGUGGUCGCGGCGUACGUGAAUGUCGCGCUGCUGCGGCAGCAGAUCCUGCCCACGCAGCGCGUGCACGGGGUGAUUGUCGACGGCGGGGAGCGGCCGAAUGUCAUCCCGCGCAGCGCGGCCGUGGAUUACUACAUCCGGUCGCCGACGGUGAGGUCGUUGAAGGGGCUGUCGGAGCGGGUGGUCAAGUGCUUUGAGGCGGCGGCGCUGGCCACGGGGUGCGAGGUCGCGUUUGAGUGGGGUCCGUCGUAUGCGGAUCUCAAGACCAAUAACCCGAUCUGCGAGAGCUACGUCGCCGUCAUGCGGGCGAUGGGCCAUCUCACCUUGUUCGAUAAUACGGGGCAGAAGAGUGCGAUUACCGGGGCGUCGACGGACCAAGGCAACGUGUCGUACGCCGUGCCCGGCUUCCAUGGCAUCUUCACCAUCCCCACCGACGGGGUCAACCACACGCCCGGGUUCACCCAGGGCGCGGGCUCGCUCGAGGCGUAUCAGCGGGGGAUGGCGUGCGCGGCGGGGAUGGCGGUGGUGGCGUGUCAGGUGCUGGUGGACGAUGAGUUUGCGGCGCGGGUGCAGAAGGAUUUCGAGACGGAGAGGGAGUAG